CGUGCCAAUUUUUUUAAUUCCUACGAUUACGUUAUGAACAUAAGGUGCGUGACGCAUCCGGAUGUUUCAAUUAUCCAUUAAUUUUCCAAGUGCGCAGCCUCCAUCGCGCAGACUCUGCGUCCGCAACAUCUCUCGGAAGGGAUGAUCUCUCCCUCAGUACUGAAAAUUCGUACGGCACAAGUGUUUCGUAUCUAUCGUACGAGAUCCAUCACUGUGAAAAUAAUCAACGAACGAGUGAAUCGCAAUCGCAGAAAUUUCUAAUAACGUCGAAUGGGAUAAACGCGAAGGGCCGCGUCAUCUCGCAUCUGCUCAGGUUGAGAGAAAGCGGAGCGUUCGAUUCGCACCACCGAUGGCAGAUCACGACAACAUUUACGACGACGAGGAGCUAGUUUCAGCCAACCCAAAUCAAAGGAAUUGGCGUGGGAUAUUGAUAGCGUUGCUCGUGAUCGUCGCGGUCCUAGCCCUUAUUGUCACAUCUGUCGCUUUGCUCACACCUCCCGACGAUGGCCCCAGAGUGCGAGGAGCGCGAUUACGUCUCUCCGAGGUGCUGUCCGGCGAAUUGACGCCUUUAUUAUUCAAUGGAUCCUGGACGAGUAAUCGCCACAUAUGCUAUCGCGACUCCUGGGGCGGCAUCUCUCUGUUGGAAGCAUCGGAUACAAAAGUCACAUCGCGUAGUUUAAUGCCGAAUGAAACAUUUAGACAAUGGAACCCGGUGAAGUUCUCCUUAUCGCCGGAUCACAAGUACCUUCUUCUCGCGCAGAACGUAAAGAAGCUGUUCCGCUAUUCGUACUUAGCGCAAUACUUCAUUUACGAGAUCGAGACACGAGAGUGCAUGGCGUUAACUCCCUAUCCGGAAAAAAAUGCUCACCCGUAUCUUCUACUAGCGCAAUGGACUCCGCGCGGACACGGGCUCGUCAUGGUGCAGGAUUAUGAUAUUUACUACAGGCCAAGUCCCACGAGCAACUCCGGCUUUCGCGUGACGAACACCGCGGUGCCUGGCAUAUUGUCUAACGGCGUGCCGGACUGGCUGUACGAAGAGGAGAUAUUGCAUAGUGGAGAGGCGAUCUGGAUGGCGCCAGAUGGUCACAUGAUGCUUUACGCCUCGUUCAAUGACUCUCUCGUGGAAGAGAUGCACAUUUCAUGGUUCGGAGAGGGCAACAAAGCCUUGUAUCCUGACAUACGGUCCUUACGAUAUCCUAAGCCGGGAACGCCAAAUCCGUCGGUGCGGCUGUACGUUGCAGAUCUAGUCGAUCUAAAAAAUAUUCAUACGAAGGUAGUGAAACCGCCACCUAGCAUCGAGCAUGUGGACCACUAUUUCUCGACCGCCUCCUGGGUAUCACUGACGGAAGUCUGCAUAACGUGGCUGACGCGCGCGCAAAAUUUCUCAGUGGUGACCAUCUGCAAGAGUCCACUGUGGCACUGUCAGGAAUUACAAAGGAUAACGGGCGACGGUCGCGGAUGGGUGGACACUCCUCCGGAGGCUCCUUUCUUCUCGGCGAAUGGAAACAAUUACAUUGCAAUAAGUCCCGUGAAAGACGGACCGGCGGGAUAUUACAAGAAUAUAAUUUGGGCGAAUGUGACCAAAAAGCAACAAGUAGUAGUGCCUUUGACGCAUGGGAAGCUCGAGGUCGUCAGGAUUUUGGCGUGGGACCAAGUGAAUAAUACCAUAUAUUUCAUCGGUAUUCCGCCGAUGAGGCCGGGCCAGAGGCAUCUCUAUCGCGUGAACUCCACAAUCCCUCAUACUACGGGAUCGCCUUUGCAUCCAGCUGUAUGCCUCACGUGUACCGUUUCAUCCGGUAUGACGAGCGAUGAUGAAGGCGAGCACCGGACUAGUUCUUCGAAUCGGCAGAACGGUAUGACCAACCGAAACGAAUGGCAUGAUCACUAUGAAACUCAAACCGACCGUAUCGAUAAUAAGGAACAUCGCAAAGAGACUCCCAGGAAGGACAAGUCGAAAAGCAAGAACGUUUCAAGAAGCGGCGAGCCACCCUGUCAGUAUCACAACGCGAUCUUCCCAUCCACGGGCCUCGAGUAUUUCAUUCUCGAGUGCCUCGGGCCUGGCGUACCCACCGUGGCCCUCUACAAAACGGAGAUGCCCACGCCGCGGCUCAUCGGCAUACUGCAGAACAACACAUUGCUGCGCGAAAGGCUGGCGAACAUCGCGCUUCCGCAGGUGAAGACAUUUCCCGUGCAGAUAAGCGGUGGCUACAACGCUCAAGUGAGAUUGCACCUCCCGCCUGGGCUCAGAGAGGACGAGAUCACGCGCUAUCCGCUGGUUGUUCAGGUAUACGGCGCGCCUGGCUCGCAGCUAGUCACCGAGAUGUUUAAAGUGGAUUGGAACACGUAUUUAGCGAGUCAGAAGAACGUCAUCGUCGCACAAAUCGAUGGCAGAGGAAGCGGGGGUCAAGGUUACAAAUUGCUCCACGAGGUUUAUUACAGGCUGGGCUCUGUGGAGGUGGCUGAUCAGCUCGAAGUCACGGAGUACUUACGGGACUCGCUGCACUUCGUGGACAAACGGAGAGUCGCUGUUUGGGGUUGGAGUUACGGCGGCUUCGUCGCUGCACUCGCCCUGGCUUAUCCGGAGCAAAACGUGUUCCAGUGCGGGAUAAGCGUGGCGCCUGUCGUCUCCUGGGAACUCUACGAUUCCGCGUACGCCGAAAGGUACAUGGGAUUACCGAACGUGACGUCCAAUUACAAAGGCUACGCCGACUCCAACGUUUACGACAAAAUCGAGUAUCUGCGUAACAAGAUGUUUUAUUUAGUACACGGGACUGCGGACGACAACGUCCAGUUCCAACAGUCCAUGGCGCUCGCCCGUUACCUCGCCAAGAAGGGCAUACUAUUUCGGCAGCAGGUUUAUCCGGACGUGAGCCAUACUUUAGCGGGCGUUAAGGGACAUUUGUACCUCUCGAUGGCACAGUUCUUAGAGGACUGUUUCCAAAAACAAGUACCUGUCGACACGAAAGCCGGUCUCGGCAGCGGCGGCUCCAUGUUUUAAUGCGCAUUAAGAGAUGAUUAACUAUUGCGUAGAGAUAUCCACGAGUUGGGUAAAGUUGCGUAAAGUAAAAAGAGAGAAAAAACAAACAAACAAACAAACAAACAAACAAACAAGAAAAGAAAAUUGUGAAAAUCUAAACAUCUCCAAAUUGUGUUCCGUUUAAUAGAAUAUUUACAAAGGAUGUGCGUGGCCCAUCGUUUUGUACUCCAACACUCGAAAUUAUAAAAUGAAACGAGAAGUAUGUACAAUCGAGCAAUUCAUCUCGUGCGCGAUUUACAAUGCGUUUACACCGGUUAAAAAAGCACGCAUCGAUCAUCCAAUCAAAUAAAUCGUCUAUGAAAUGUGCAGGUGAUAUUUAUUUAAAGAUCGUCGAUACCUGAACAUGAGGUAAGAUCGAUAUACAACGGACGAAAUCCGCGUCACGCUUUUCACAAGGGAAGUAGUGCUAUAAUGACAAUCUUUUACCGCACACACACACACACAUAUAUAUGUAUUAUCAUACAUUAUACAUUUCUUAAAACAUCUAACGGUAUCUUUAAUUCUUGUAAUUAUUAAGAAAAUGGCAACUUACAUUCUUCACCUUACGAAGAACCUUUAUGUUUAUACACGAUGACUUAUGUAUAUUUCCUCGUUCACUCGAUUAAUUUUAAAUAACUCUUUCGCGAUAUGAUAAAUAAUGUUCUUGAAUGAUUGAGCGAAUUAGUGAAAAAAACUCUCAUACUUCUAACGAUCUCAUCUCCUUGCAAGAUAAUAUUUUUUAAUCAUCGAAUGUAUUGGAGAAAACAAAUGUGAAUAUUGUAAAAAAUAUUGAAAAAUAAGCAGUACAGAAUUGUUCUGGUUAAUCAUGGAGGUGAUCUCCAUCGUAUCCAUAUUGUAUAUGCAAAUGUAAAUCAGUAAAUGAAAGAGUAGCACUUUCAUGAAUACAAAUGGCUGAUGUUUUCAGAAAAAAAAAAUGAUAUAUUAAUUGUACGAUCGAGUAAUUAUGAUAAUAUAACUGAUCGGAUAACUAAGAAACCUCAAAAAAAAAA